CAACCCGCAAGACUGCAUGCUGUCAAAAUUCCUUUGGGGUGCAUCCACAGAAACAGAACUGCUAGCCUUCAUACCACCGAGUUUUGCUUGAACUACAAUUAUGAAAAAAGAUUAUAUAUGGUAAGCUCCUACUGAAGUAUAUGACCCCAUGCAUGAGCAAAAUCGCUGUAGAUUGGCAUUAUCCAAGUAAUAAUAUGCUGCUCUUGCUUCUCAGGCUGAAGCAUAUAGUAAUGAAAGCAACAUGAUUUCGAUGGCCCAGCUAUAUGAAACGCGUUAAAAAAUGGCUCAAAUUGAUUGCUAAAAGCAUCUUUCUGCGUGUGCACAGUAAGGCCGUUCUAGUUUCUACCAUAACGGUGCCACGCUCUCACUUUGAUCACGCAUGAUGGCAUGAACCAAAAAUCAUGAACUGCUGAGGUGAAAGUAACGAGGAAGCUGAAAUGGCUUGCCCAGCUAAAAGGUAUUCAAUCAAAUCCCUACACAUGUACCAAUUACCAUAUGCCAGCAAAGCAGAUCGAACUUGCAGGAAAAGAAAAAGAAAAAAAACUACGAUAAGCCAAAAGGAUUUGAGAUGGCUGAUCGAUCGGAUUAGUUCAAACUGGAAUUGUACUUGGAGAGAUUGGGACGCGUGUUCAAUCCCAAUGGGUUUAAUCGGAAGAGGAACCCAACCUGAAUCCUACUAGGAAUAAUCAAGAAUACAAUCAUUUUCGAAUUUGGAAUUUCAAACAAAAAAUGUUCUUUGAUUCUUCCUGAAGAAUCCAACAGGUUCCCAGGCAAGAAAAAAGCAUAACACUCGUGGACCAAAACACCCUAAGCAGUGAAAUCAUACAUAAAAGUCUGCCUGUCAAGUGGAAAGCAACUGAAAAAAUAUCCUUACUGGUGUUGCUGCCUAUGGUGUAAUGAACGAUACAGGCAACUUUGUUCUGGUGCCUCUGUUAUCGACUUUCGCCAAGCUCACGGCGCAGAAUGAUCUGCCCUCGCACAUGCCGGAGUUCUGCGCCUCUGCGAACCUGCUCUGCUUUCCUGAUUUAUCGCCGAGUCUGGAGAAGCACGAGAAGGAAUCGAACUUUGUAGUGUACUCGGACCGGGACUUCACCAAUUAUGGCACGGAUCGGCUCGGCGGGACCGACCCGUUCAGAAAUACUCGGGUGACGAGAAUCUCCCGGUUGACUUGUUUCGCCGGUAUAGUCAAGACUCAAUGGGCCACCAGUGGCUCCGGCGUGUUUUCCAAGUACGCCGACGACGUGAACGUCCCCAACCUCCGGUUCACUUCCUACUUUGACGAUUCCAAUGGCCAUGUCCAUUGUCCACACGUUCUCGGCCUACAGUGAGAACACCAACGCCGGUGACCAGAGAUUCAGCAGCUAUGUGAAGAUUGGCAAUGGGGCUCCGAAUGAAACGGUGUGUUUUGAAUAGAAGCAGUGGUAAUUUUGGAAAGUUAGGCUUUAAAAGGUCACGUGCGUGGCACAUGACCUCUUUUCCGUCACUUUUGACAGACUAAGUGGAUGGAAGGUCCAGAUUGACACACAUGGUUAACGUUAGGGGGGUCGUCUACUAAUUUUUAAACAUUGGGCGUCAGAUCACCAAUAGGUGGAUACAUCAGGGGUAAAGUGUAAUUUCUCCGGAAAUCAUUGACUGCUCCUUGAGCAAUUGGCCAAAUAACAAUGUGGCCUUGCUUUGGGGGAGUUGCAAUUGUUUAUUUUGUUCUGAGGUCUUUGGAAGAAAAAACAAGGAAUAUCUAAAGAAAUAAAAUGACGAAUAAGAGAGUAACAUAAGGAACAUUUUGCAUAUACCAAAUCACACACCAAGGGUAAAACUAACUAAGAAGCUAAUACAUUAGAUAAAAAAAAUUAUUUAGAUUUAGCAAUUAGUUAUUAUGGUGGAUGAAGUGUUAAAUUCUUUUUGGUGUCAAAGUUACCUCCCCUAUACACUACUUGUUAGAGAGUAAGAUUCAUGUCUUGGAUGCUACUGUCGUGGACAAAUGCCAAAUGGACUCUCUUGUGAAGAUUCUGUUAUGAGAAGAAAGACUACCAGUUAAAAUGCACUGAGGUUUCUGUCUUAAGGUUGAGAGACGCCUAGUUGUUGAUUUUUGGUUUUUAAGGACAAAGCUCUUGUGGCUUAAUGGUUAUGGAGGUUUCCAUGUAAAAAAUCACUCUAAAUCUCUAAAAUAUUUAAAUAGAUGAGCCAUGCAUGAAAAUAAAUUGAAAUUCAACAUGGUGAGAGAAGCGGCGGACUAAUUCCCUUGGAAGUAUUCGACCUCAAAGUUUAUGAUCCUUUCGUGGACACUUACUCCAUUGCCUGAUCAUUUGUUUCUCUAUGCUGCUCUUCCAGUAUCCAUCGUUUCAUGUUUCUUGGAAUUCCAGGGUCUGGACUCCUGUAUUUCUUCAGCAGCAUCUGCUUUUUCGGUGUCCAUGUUUUAUGUUUUUAGCAAGUUCUGUAGUCUGGUUUCAUGUGUUUUCUUUAGACUUAAAUACUACAUUUUUGUGGCACAUCUAAAGCUUGUUAUUGUUUACACGACUGUUAUUGUGAUUUCUGCUUCUUGUAUGUUCACCUUGAUUCCUG